AUGCCUUCAAGGUACGUCAAACUUCACAAACAAAACUACAAGAAACUGUUCCUGAAUUGCGCGCGUAAAGGGGAACAUUUCCGAGACGAACACUUCCCGCCCGUAGAGUCGUCGCUAUGGAAGAAUGUGCAGCCUGUACAAGGAAAUAUAGAGUGGAAGAGGUGUAAGGAUCUUUGCAAAAACCCUCAUUUAUUCAUCUUCAAAAAUGGCCAAUUAAUCCCGGAAGUUGUACAAGGAGCUGUUGGGAACUGUUGGUUGGUAUCAGCGUUGGGUGUUUUAGCUGCUCAUCCGCACUUAUUAGAAAAAGUUGUACCGAGAUGGGGAUUACAAGAUUGGGUUCACAGUGAUGAGCCGGGAAGACAGAUGGGAGUGUAUCAUUUACGAGACACGGAACGGCAUCCAGGUAUCUUCCGCUUUCGUUUCUACCGUUUUGGACAAUGGAUCGAGGUAGUCGUAGAUGACUACCUCCCAACUAUAAACGGUCGCCUGAUAUACGCCCACUCAAAAAAUCCAAAUGAAAUGUGGUGUGCCCUAUUAGAAAAAGCAUACGCGAAACUUUGCGGGUGCUAUGAAGCACUAGAUUCCGGAUCAGCUUCGGACGCGUUGGUUGAUUUGACGGGAACUGUGCCCGAGACUAUUGAUUUAAGUCAAGAUGAUGGUGACGGAGGGAUCAUUAAGAAAAUGGGAGAGGACGCGUUUAUUUAUUAUAUUCUUAAGGCUGCAAAAAAAGAUGCCCUGAUGAGUUGUUCGAUUAAUGCGUUGGAUGAGGAGAGAAUUGAAGAGAGGCUUCCUAAUGGGUUAAUCAUUGGUCAUUCUUAUGGAAUUACCCAAAUACAAAAAUUACGAUAUAAUUGGCGUGACAAAAAAGAAGUGUUAUUAUUUCGUCUGCAUAAUCCGUGGGGUGAAGUAGAAUGGAAUGGACCGUGGUCUGAUAGCUCGCCGGAAUGGGAAAAAGUCACAGAGUCUAAACGGAAAAAACUAGGCCAAAUAGUGGAGGACGACGGCGAUUUUUGGAUGGCAUUUGAGGAUUUUGUGGAAAAUUUCUCAAAUUUGGUUAUAUGUCGUAAUCUAAACACGCCAUGGUAUAAAUUAGGUCAACAUUGGCAUAGCAUUAUAUUUCGUGGAGUUUGGUCAGUUGAGACUGGGACAGCUGGUGGAUGUAUAAAUAAUCAAGAAACAUUUUAUCAGAAUCCUCAGUUUGCAUUUACAGUCACCAAACCGACUGUAAUUAUUAUUGCGUUGAUGCAAGAAGAUCAUCGUGCUGUAAAACUCUAUGGAACCGAUAAUCUGACUAUAGGAUUUGUGUGCCUAAAGGUCGAAGAAAAUCGAAAAUACCGGAUACAUAGGCCCACAUAUGUAGUAACUAGUCGAGUGACAUUUAUUAAUGCGCGAGAAGUCACCUCAAGAGUUGCCCUGAAUCCUGGACGAUAUAUUAUCAUACCGUCAACAUUUAAUGCUGGUGAAGAGGGAUCUUACUUUCUAAGAAUGUUCUCGUCUCGAUAUAUAGAUGUGAAACCACUUUUGAAAGAUAAACCGAAAAAGAAAUGGUACUACCCUUUAGUAUACUGGGGUAAUGCUUAUUAUGUUGGAAUGGCAAGAGUCCAAAUAAUGAAAGUACAUCUAAAACGAGAAUUUAGUGGAUUUAUAAAAAUCACAUUUUCAGAUCUGAAGGGCCGCCUUCAUGAGUAUUAUGUGUCACAUUCAUUUAAGAAAGCAAUAGUCGCGGAUAUUGGAAAUGAAUACGUCUUUUAUAUACGAGAUCCGUUAACAUCUGGGAUAAUACUCCAGUUAUGCGAAUCUCAUACAUUCAGUAAAACCAAGGUAGUGGGUGAAAUGCGAGUUGGAUUCGAAAAUUACUGUCGUGAAGACAAAGAAGGUAGAAUAUGGGAGAUUACAAAAACCUUAACGAAGAUGGUUCAAGUGCCUAAAUCACUUGGUGUAGUGACAACAAAGGAAGUUGAGACUGAUGGUUAUACACCUAAUGUUUCUAGACGUCGUGAACCUUUACAGGGUACUUCCAAUAAUAGCAUUAUUCGAGAUAACGAAACAAGUAACAGUGAUGGUCAUCAUAUGGCCACUUCGCCACAUCAUUUUGCGCCAGGAAUUAACACAAAGACUAUGUUGGUACCUCAGUAUAUAGAUGCUGGUAUUGGCGAAAUACAAAUCAGAGUAUCAUAUUUUAACGGGGUUAAUGCAUGA